UUGAGGUGAGGUGCUGUUGUUGAACGAAAAGCAAAGUUUAUGAACCGAAAAUCUAAAUCGCGCGGUUUAUUUUGACGGUAUUUAUUUUAUUGUAGUUUUUUUAAAGUUGCUGAAUAGGUAUUUCAAUUCGUAAAAAUGUUUGAAGGAGUGGAUUUCGAUACGAAUGUUCUUAUUUAUAAUGUUGUUAGUAGAAAUCAGUACAGCCAUUGUAGGUUAUGUUUAAAAGAGAUUGAAAAUGAAACCCAGUUUCUUAAAUUCCAUGAACCCAUUACUGUAAAUAAAUCAAACCGAAUCGUCAAUUCUUUUUCUGAAGUUUUAAAUGCGGUUCUUGGAGACGAUAAGAUAACAGAUGAGCCAGUUCCUGGCAUAGAUGCAGUCUGCAUGGUCUGUGCCGAAAAAUGUUUCGAAGCUUUCAAUUUUCUUCAACAGUGUAAAACCUCUGCAUUAAUUUUAGACAGAAUAUUUACUAAUCUUCUGGAUACACUCAACACAGAGGUUGAUAGGGACAGUUCAAUCUAUAUCUGUGUCAAAGAACCAGAUUUGGAAUGUGCUCUAUUUCGAAAAGAGAAUGAUACUGCUGCAAAACCUAGAAACUCAUUUCAAAAGUUUCACUGCCUGGAAUGUGAUGAGAUAAUGGACAGUGUGGCUGCCCUGAAAGAACACAAUAUGAAUUAUCAUGGAAUUGUAACAUGUGAAAUAUGUUACAAAACAUUUGUAGAUGAAAAUGAAUUACAAAAUCAUGUAGACGCUAAACACAUUUACCAAUGCCCCGAUUGUUUAUGCAUCAAAAGUAAUGCCAAGAGUUUAAAAGAUCACCAAGAGAAAGCUCACAGCAACUUCAUUUGCAAAGAUUGUGGUAAAUCCUUUCAGCGUCUGGAGAAGUUAAAUGCACAUGAGAGAAAACAUGCUAAUAAAAAAGAAUGCCCUAAGUGUGGGAAAUAUUAUUCUACAAAGGAAUUCUAUGAAAAGCAUGUAAAGUUGUGUCUAGAAGACAAAUUAGAUCCACAUCCCAUUAGAAGUAAGAUUGUAAAAACACACUUUUGUGAAUUAUGUGGAAAGGGAUAUAGUACUCUAGGUGGCUUAAGAGUUCAUAUGAGGUUUGUUCAUGAGAAUGCUAAGCCACACAUCUGUCCACAAUGUGGGAAACAAUUCACAGCACCAAGCUAUUUAAAAAUCCACAUGGUCACUCACACUGGCGAAAAGAAUUUCAAAUGUGAUAUCUGUAACAAUAAAUUUGUAUCCAAAGAGGCACUUUUGUAUCACACACGAAGGCAUACAGGGGAAAAGCCAUACUCUUGUCACAUAUGUAAUGAGACAUUUGUGAAUGCUUCAAGUAGGGCUGAACAUGUGAAAUAUAAGCACAUUGGACCUACUUUACAGUGUGAGAUAUGUUCACGUAAAUUUGUUACGGCCAACUUUUUGAGGCAACAUGUUAGUAGGCAUCACGACCCUGCAAGCAAGCUAUAUAUUGGCAGGAGUAAUGUUCCCCCUAACAUGCCUGGAGAACAGAAUAUAAGAGUAGUACAUACAUACAUACAUAAACUCACGCCUCUUUCCCCGAGGGGUAGGCAGAGACUACCUCUUUCCACUUGCCACGAUCCCUGAUACUUCCUUUGCUUCAUCCACAUUCAUAACUCUCUUCAUGCAAGCUCGGCGGUUUCGGGCACUUUUGACCUG